CCCAACUCACGGAUCUUGCCUCCUCUCACACCACCCGUCAUCCUCCUUACCCUUUCUUCUAUGGAUAUUUUUGUGUUUAUAUAUUUAUAUAAUACACACGUAUAUAUGAACCUCUCGUGAGUCAUGAUAACACCACGCAUUCGGAGAUCUGCCUUUGUUGGAUAUUUGUGUGGAAAUUAAAAGAAGGGUUUCAGUGGUUCAAACAGGGUCGAAGUUAGCGGUGACUUUUAUUGCAAAAUCGAAGCAAGUGGAAGCUUAUAAGUCAGGAGAGAAGGGAAAUGGCGUCUUGGGUUCGCACUAUCACAUCCCCAUUCAGAAAAGCUUGCACCUUCUUCAACAACAAUAAUGGAUGCAGGGAUAAGAAGUCCCAACCAGGGCAUGGCCAUGGGCAUGAUGAUAGGAUCGUAGAUUUGCAGGGUGAAGUGAUGGCAUGUGCUUACGAGGAUGUUCAGGUGAUGUGGUCUAUCCUCGACAGCUCCAAGCCCAGAGUCUGCAAAGUGAGGUCUUGAUGAUGAUGAAGUUCGAUGGGAAGCCUGCAAUCUUGCAUAUGUCCUCAUCAUCAUCUCCUAUGCUUGAUUGAAUGGAGUUCUAUAUGAUUUAGUUUGUAGAUAACUUUAGAUUAGAUAUAUGUGUGGACCUUGUGGGGAGACCUUUGUUAUUAGGGUGUUAUUGUGGUACUUUGACCCAAAUCACCCCUUCCCUCAUCCC